GGCGCACUCAGAGAUGGGCGGCAGCGCUGGGGGGCACCGUCCAGUCCUACGGAAGUCCACACAGCGACGUCCAGGAGGCUGGAGCUGUGGGGUCUCGGAGUCCCCCGACAGCGGGCCUAGAAGAGGAAGGGGAGGCGUACGAGGAGCCUGACAGUGAGGAGGGCUCCGAGUUCUACGAGAACGACUCCAACCUCGGGCAGGAUCAGCUCUCCCAGGAUGCCAGCGGCUAUGAGGACCCGGAGGACCGGCCCUUGGGUUCUGCAGAUGAGGACUCCUUCUCCAACGGGGACUCUUACGAGAACGCGGACGAAGAGCUGGCCCAGCCAGGAGCCAGGACAAUGGACUUCCUGAGUCCCCAUGGAUCUGCUUGGGACCCCAGCCGGGAGGCAGCCUCGCUCGCAGGGUCCCAGUCCUAUGAGGACAUGAGAGGGGUCCUGUACGCGGCCCCCCAGCUCCGCUCCCUUCAGCCUGGUCCCCAGCAUGAAGAAGAUGCUGACUCUUACGAGAACAUGGAGAACCCCGAUGAGCCAGGGCCAGCGUGGGGAGGAGCCGGCCACACCGGGGCCUGGAGCAGGUGACCCGCCCAUCUGACUGCUCACGGAGACAGAGGACAGACUGACUCCUUGGUCUGUAACCUGCUGCACAUUAAAUGCGGGGCUUGUGUUUUCUUCGGAGCCUGUGAGAGACUUGGAAGCUGCUUUUGCUAGAGAGGCCAGGGAGAGACGGGGGAAAGAGAGGGGGAGAGUGGGGGAGAGAGAGGGAAAGGGCGGAAGAGGGAGGGAGAGAGGGCGCCUGCAGAGGCUUGGUGGAUAACUAAAGUCAGAACAAAGCUUCACCUCCGCUUUGCUGCCUCCUCUGUGGCCCUGGCACUGCGGGAGAGGCCGAGGUCAGCUCUGCACACAGACUCGCUAACCGUUUGGGCGUGCUUGUCGCAAAGCUGGCAACGCAAGAUUGAUUGGCGCUCAAUCUGCCUAACCAGUCCCAUCCCCGUGGAGACCGAGGGCGCCGAGACAGAGUUGUGCCGGGACAUUCAGCCACCGGCAGGGGCCCGGGAGUCUCCGGCGCGGUUCCACAGCCACAGCCACCUUCAGUUCCAGCAGAGCCUCUGCAAAGCUGAGGCCGCCCCAGGCAGAAGCCGUCUUCCCUGGAGACCCCCGCGCCCCUUCCCGCGGUGAGGACCUGUCCCACCCGCCGGGUGCGGCCCAACCAGAACUGGGAUAGUGACGUACGCCAGACGCUCGGCCUCCGCCCUCUGCGGAAACAGGCCUUGCUCCUCUGCGGGUGGGCCGGUCAGGUCGUCCUCAGAGAUGCCCCUCUUUCAGCUCCUCCAGCUGAAGCUCCUUCCCAUUUUUGUUACUUUCUGACUCUGUGUAAUAAAUCAGCCUCUGCCUCUC